AUGUUACGCUCGUUGUUGUCGCUGGGCCGGGCCCCCAACUACCUUUUCCCCAAGGUAGAUCCCGCGCAGGACGGCCCCGAAUGCCUCAGAGACUGCGCCGACUGCACAACGCAGUUCCCGGACAAAGUAAAAGUCGAAACCUCAAGACCGCUAUAUGGCCAAAUUAAAGAGUUUCACUCGCACGUCCUGGUUGCGACGGGGCGGUCGGACUGGAAGGAAAAGGUCGGACAGGAAAAGGGCAGUCUGAUGGAGGCGUUUGAGCAGCCCUUGGCCAAGUCAAAUCUCGGCCGUAUCAUGGUCUCAGCAUCCAACAUUCAGGCCCCGGACCACUCAGGCACCGAGGACUCAAAUGCGCCUACAACAGUGCUCAUUCUCCCAUCAUUUACCUUCGUGGACUCUGUGUCACAAGCAGAUGUCCCCGAUUUGAUAAGUCGAUACAUUGACAACCAAGAUGAAAAGAUUGCCAAUGGUAUUUCUACACCUGCCGUAGGGAUGAAUGCCCGGCCCUGCGACCUGGACUACGUGGUUCUACUGUGCUCGCAUCGACGACGAGAUGCGCGCUGCGGCAUCACAGCGCCGCUGAUCAAACGUGAACUCGAACGGCAUCUUCGCCCACUGAGCUUGGAUCGCGAUGCAGAUGAUUCGCGGCCUGGUGGUGUGGGCAUUUUCUUUGUUUCGCAUGUGGGCGGGCACAAGUUUUCUGCUAAUGUGCUUGUUUAUCGGAAGAAAGAGCAGCAGAUGAUUUGGCUUGCGCGUGUGCGGCCGGAGCAUUGUGAGGGUCUGGUGAAGUACACGAUCUUGGAGGGAAAGGUGGUUCAUCCUGAGUCUCAGUUGAGGGGCGGCUUUGAUAGGGUGCGGGGCCUAACGAGCUGGUGA